AUGAAUCGAGGUGUCUAUGAUUGUGUUGUUGUGUUAAAAGCACUGCCUGGCACAAUCUCAAGCGGUUUUGUCUUCCAACGACACUGUUGUUCGUUUCUCCAGCCGGGGCCAUAUGUGGGUACCCACAUAUGGCACAAGCACAUUUUCUUAAACCCAACACGUGUUAGGUUUAAGAAAAUGUGCUUCAGCGAGCAAGUCUGA